UCCCAGACAGGCACAACCAGAAGCCAGAGGUCCCCGGGCAGGCCCAGCCCCUCGGAAUUGGAGAUGCUGCUUCUGUCCCUGCUGCUGCCUGUGCUGGGGGCGGGCUCUGUGAAGAAGGAUCCAGGUUACGACCUUCAAGUGCAGGAGUCAGUUUCUGUGCAGAACGGCCUGUGUGUCUUCGUGCCCUGCACCCUCUCCUACCCCCGGGAUGGUUGGACAGACUCUACCCCAGCUUAUGGCUACUGGUUCAAAGAAAAGGCCGACUCAAAGACUGCUGCUCCAGUGGCCACAAACAACCCGAACCGAGAUGUGCAAACGUCGACUCAGGGCCGCUUCCAGCUCCUCGGGAACCCCCAGAACCAGAGCUGCUCCCUGGUGAUCAGAGAUGCCCAGCGGGGAGACGCAGGAAAAUACUUCUUUCGGGUGGAGAGAGGAAGCCAAGUAAAAUAUAAUUUCAGGAACGCGUUCUCUCUGAAAGUGACAGCCCUGACUCAGAAGCCAGAUGUUUACAUCCCGGAGACCCUGGAGCCCAGGCAGCCGGUGACAGUCAUCUGUGUGUUUAACUGGACCUUCGAGGAGUGUCCAGCCCCUUCUUUCUCCUGGACGGGGCCUGCCCUGUCCUCCCAAAGACCCACCACCUCCCACUUCCGCCUCACGCCCAGACUCAAGGACCACAACACCAACCUCACCUGCAGAGUGACCUUCUCUGGAAGGGACGUGGGUCCACGGAAGACCGUCCGACUCAGCGUGGCCCACGCCCCCAGAGACCUGGCUGUCAGCAUUUCCCAGGACAAUGGGCCAGCCCUGCAGCCCCAGGGCACCGUCCCACAUGUGCAAAUCCAGAAAGGCCAGUUCCUGCGGCUCCUCUGUGCUGCUGACAGCCAGCCCCCUGCCAUGCUGAGCUGGGUCCUGGGGGACAGAGUCCUGUCUUGGUCCCAUCCAUGGGACCCCAGACCCCUGGGCCUGGAGCUGCCCGGGGUGAGGGCUGGGGACUCAGGGCGCUACACCUGCCUGGCGGAGAACAGGCUUGGCUCCCAGAACCGCAGCCUGGAGCUCUCUGUGCAGUAUCCUCCAGAGAACCUGACAGUGGUGGUUUCCCAAGCAAACAGGACAGUCCUGGAAACACUUGGGAAUGACACAUCCCUCCUGGUCCUGGAGGGCCAAAGCCUGCGCCUGGUCUGUGUCACCCUCAGCAACCCCCCAGCUACUCUGAGCUGGGCCCGGGGGAGCCAGACCCUGAGCCCGUCCCAGCCCUCAGACCCUGGGGUCCUAGAGCUGCCACGGGUCCAAAUGGAGCAUGAAGGAGAAUUCACCUGCCAGGCCCAGCACCCCCUGGGCUCCCAGCACGUCUCUCUCAGCCUCUCUGUGCACUACCCCCCGCAGCUGCUGGGCCCCUUCUGCUCCUGGGAGGCCGAGGGGCUGCGCUGCAGCUGCUGCUCCCGAGCCCAGCCGGCCCCCUCCCUGCGCUGGCGGCUCGGGGAGGGGCUGCAGGAGGGGAAUGGCAGCCAUGGCUCCUUCACUGCCACCCCCAGCUCAGCGGGGCCCUGGGCCAACAGCUCCCUGAGCCUCCGAGGGGAGCUCAGCUCUGGCCUCAGGCUCAGCUGCGAGGCCCACAAUGUCCACGGGACCCGGAGCGGCACCGUCCUGCUGCUGCCAGGGAAGCCAGAGCCCCGGGGAGGAUUCGCGCUGGGGGCCGUGGUGGGGGCUGGUGUCGCUGCCCUGCUCUCUCUCUGCUGCUGCCUGGCCUUCCUCAGGGUGAAGACCUGCAGGAAGGAAGCACCCUCCGCCCCGGGUCCCGUCUCCCAGGGUGACAGGCAGGAGCCUCCUGCGGCCAUUCCCACCUCAGAGGAAGAGGAGGAGCUCCAUUACGCCUCCCUCAGCUUCUGUCGGCUGCGGCCCCGGGAGGCUCAGGACCAGGAGGCCACUAGCUUCACUGAGUACUCAGAGAUCAAGAUCCACAAGUGACAACCUGCGACCUCCAAUAAAGCAAGGGCUUCUCGGGGGAGGGAGAUGUCAGGGACAGAUCCUGAAUCACAGUUCUCCGUGCAAACAGGAGACCUAGUAGCCUAGGGGAGUCUCACUGGUGUGCUGAGGGCAGAACUGGGCUCAUAGUUCAGCCCCAGGCCCAGUUGAAAGCCUGAGUUUGAAGACUAUACUGUCAGGGACCCCCCUCUCUAGUUUGUUACUGGAGAAGCUUCUCUAAAUGCGUAGAGCACCAGACACCAGGAGGAGGAGGCACAGUGUGCUCUGGAGUGAGAAGCUGGCUCUUGAUGUGACCUUGUAGCCACUGCUGUGUAGCAGGGAUGAUCCUUCCCCUUCGCGAGAGAAACAGGGAGAGGACGCAGCCUGAGUGAUUCCCAUCUUCACAUUUGAAAAAAAAAAAAAAAAAAGAGCCUGAGUUUCUGAGUUUGAGCAAGUUAUUUUACCUCUCAGUGUUCUCCUCUGCAAUUGGACACAAUGAGCCUAAUCCACAGGGCUCUGGUGGGGCAGAAAGGAGAUGAGUAACAUAAGGCAUCCGCACAGGCGUCUGCAGAGAGCGCCUCACCCUACACCUCUUCCCAGAACAGCCCGCCUCUGCUCUGCAUGCUUCCUUCCCCUCCACUCUACAGGUAUUUUUUCCAGACUUUUGGAGGUAUAAUUGGCAAAUAAAAAUUGAAUAUCGUUACUGUGACCCUUA